AUGGUACGCACGCCAGGCAGUGACGAUCAGUCGCAGCAGCAGGGAGGAGAGGGGCAGAAUGGCGGGGUAACAACAGAGGGGCAAAGCCAGCCACAGCAUGUGGGGCAGCGUGAGAGUGAAACGGUAUCCUUGCCACAUCCGACGGACAGCUUGCAACCGACGGACAGCUGGCAGCAUGCAGAGAGUUGGCAGGAGGCGGAUGGGUGGGAGGAGGUGGUGCUGCUGCUGGACCUACUGUCUCUCCCGCCCUGCCUGUACGCCCCCCCUCUCCGUGCCAUGCUGCGCGCGCCUCACACCCUCAAGCUCGGCUUUGCCUUCUCAGACGACCUCGAGUUCCUCCACCAAUCCCUCCCUUUAUACCACCGCUCCCUUUCCUCACACCACCACUCCCACUCUCCUGACCACCAGUCGCUUCACCCAGACCACCACUCCCUCCACUCUCAAGUUAAUCCCUCCCUUCUCCCAGACCAGCACCGCUCCCCCCAUUCAGAGCACGAGCACCCCUCACAGGGCCAGGACUGCUUCCACCACGUGGCACCCUUCAUAGACAUCGGCACGGCCUACCACGCCAUCCGCCGCACGCGCCUGCACCUCAAGCGCGACAACCUGCUCUCGCUCCUCACCGCCGCCGCCCCUCCCGGCUCCCUCGCCGCCAGAUCAGUGCUGCUGCCCGCGUCAGGGCUGUCAGCACUGGCGCAGGUGCUGCUGGGAGCGCCACUGGAUAAGGAGUUGCAGUGCAGUGACUGGGAGCAGCGGCCGCUGUCACGCCACCAGCUGCACUAUGCUGCUGCUGAUGCCCUCUGCCUGAUUCACAUGGCGCUCGCGCUUCUCCCACUCGCUCCGCGCCCCCACGCCCUCUCUGCCCAUGCUCUUUCCCCCCAUGCCCUUUCCGCCCAUGCCCUUUCCGCAAAUGGAAAAGAUCAGGUUGGACUAGCAGCAGUACAUGGAGGCCCAUCCACGUCACCAUCCCUGUCAGCAUCAUCCUUGUCAGCAUCCUCGUCAGCGUCCCCUUGUGCUGUUCACCAGCCCAUUCCGGCUGCAUCUGUUUUAGUAACUGCGUGUACUGUCACGCCUGCACUCCCACCCUUACAGUCACACCAUCGCCUCAUGCACACCAUGGAGCAACAGCGCCACCACCACCAUCAGCAGCAGCACCACCACCAUCAGCAGCAGCAGCAGCAGCAGCAGCAGCAGCAGCAGCAUCAUUAUCAGCAUCGUCAUCACGAUCAGCAUCGGCAGCAGCAAAACAGGACUGCAACCCUCACCGCAGGCACCAGCACCACCACUCUCGUUGCUGCCCUGUCAGAGCUCAUAGAGGAACACUCCCACUCGCUCUCCCUCUGCCACAUCACUGGCAAGGUGCGCUCUGUGGGAAAGAGCACGGACGGCAUUAACAACAGCACCAGCACUAGCAGUGGCAGCGACAGCAGUGCGAGUUCAGGCCAAGGGCGUGCAGGGAAGGGUAGGGAUGGCUUAGGGAAGCGGUUGAACUCGAGGAAAGGGAGGAAGCAGGCACGAGAGAGCAGGAUGAGAGAGGAAGGGGAGGAGGCGACAGGAGGGGAAGAAGGAGAGGGAAGUGGGGAGUCAGGGCGAGGGUCCAGAGGAGAAGCAGCGGGCACGGCUGUAGCAUGCGAGGUUGAAUCGCGUCGCAAUGAGGCGUGUUCAAACGAGGCCCUGCCUGCAGGGGAUGCUCGUGCUGACAGGCCACACAACGGACUGGUGUCACCAUAUCAUGCAGUGCGCCCAAGUGACAUGCAUGGGAACGGAUUGGUGCCGCCGUGGGAUGGGUCGCGGGGAGGUGAUGGGCAGGCGCGGUUCCUGUGUGAUUCCAUGGUGGAGGGGCUGGCACGGCAGCUGCGCUGUGUGGGCGUUGACACCGCCUCUCCCAAGAGUCUUGGGCGAGACACGUGUGACACCAGGAAGCUGAUAGAGUGGGCAGAGAGGGAGGGCCGUGUGCUUCUAACAAGGGACGUGAAGCUCUUCCGGCGCCGCCUGCUGCCGCCCACCCACAUGCACCUUAUUAGAAGCACCGACAAGCGCGAGCAGCUCCGCGAGGUGGUAACCGCGUUCUGCCUGCUCCUGUGCGAGUCCUCCCUGCUCUCGCGCUGCAUCCGCUGCAACGGCACCUUCAAGCCGCAGGCGCUGGGGCCCUCAGAGGCAGCAGCGGCGGCGCCGUGGACACAGGUGGUGCCGAGUCACGUGUUGGAUCGCGUAGCGGAGUUCUGGCAGUGCUGCCAGUGCCAGCACCUCUACUGGGAGGGCUGCCAGUUUGAUCGCGCCAUCAAGCAAUUCACAGAGGUGUGCCAGCUGUCAGCUGCGCUGGCACAGACGAAUGUUUCAGCCAGCAGUUGA